GCGCGCGCGGAGUUCGGUAGGAUCGGGCAGGGUCGCCGUGGCGGGCGCUUGGGCCGCCUGCUGUUGAGGUUGUUUCCACCGGCAGAUGGUGGUCACUACAGGGACUCCAGAGUAGCAUCACCUUCUUGGUGUGCGUGAAGAUAUAACCCAGAGAGUGAAGGAAGUUGCUAAGAAGUCUGCUAGUGAUGCUCUUGGGAGAAGACUGAGUGCCGAGGGCGGGUCCACACAGGUGCGCCUGGUACACCAAGAAGAAGUGAGCACCAUGGAUCAGAACAACAGCCUCCCGCCGUAUGCCCAGGGCCUGGCCUCCCCGCAGGGUGCCAUGACCCCUGGGAUCCCAAUCUUCAGCCCUAUGAUGCCGUAUGGCACUGGCCUGACGCCGCAGCCCAUUCAGAGCACCAACAGCCUGUCCAUCUUGGAAGAGCAGCGGCAGCAGCAGCAACAACAGCAGCAGCAGCAGCAACAACAGCAGCAGCAGCAGCAGCAGCAGCAGCAGGCAGCAGCAGCGGCCCAGCAGUCCACGUCCCAGCAGGCACCCCCGGGGGCCACAGGGCAGACGCCACAGCUCUUCCACUCACAGACUCUCACAACGGCACCUCUGCCAGGCACCACCCCGCUGUACCCAUCGCCCAUGACGCCCAUGACCCCCAUUACUCCCGCCACGCCGGCUUCCGAGAGCUCUGGGAUCGUGCCCCAGCUGCAAAAUAUUGUUUCCACAGUGAAUCUUGGCUGUAAACUUGACCUAAAGACCAUUGCACUUCGUGCCCGGAAUGCUGAGUAUAACCCCAAGCGGUUUGCUGCUGUGAUCAUGAGAAUAAGGGAGCCCCGGACCACGGCACUGAUCUUCAGCUCUGGGAAGAUGGUGUGCACCGGCGCCAAGAGUGAAGAGCAGUCCAGGCUAGCAGCAAGAAAGUACGCCAGGGUUGUGCAGAAGCUGGGCUUCCCAGCCAAGUUCUUGGACUUCAAGAUCCAGAACAUGGUGGGUAGCUGCGACGUCAAGUUCCCCAUCCGCCUGGAGGGUCUUGUGCUCACCCACCAGCAGUUCAGCAGCUAUGAGCCAGAAUUGUUCCCGGGUUUAAUCUACAGAAUGAUCAAGCCCAGGAUUGUUCUCCUUAUUUUCGUCUCUGGAAAAGUUGUGUUAACAGGUGCUAAAGUCAGAGCAGAGAUUUAUGAGGCGUUUGAGAACAUCUACCCUAUUCUGAAAGGGUUCCGGAAGACCACGUAAUGGUUCUGGGCAUGCCUGCACCCGCCCGCUCACCCCCAAGCAAGGCCAUCUGGUCCCCCAGCGUAUUGCUGUGGUGGCUCAGGCUCCUGGCCAAUGGACUGCAGAUACAGGUGAUCCCGAUGCCACCUGGACACUGGGUGGCACCUCUGUGAGCCACUGCCACCGGGCGGCCAUCUGCUGAGGUUUAGUUAAACCCUCACUGCUGUUGACAAGCCAGCUUAAGGGACAAGCGUCCAGUGUUAGCCACCUCUACAAUGGAUUGGACUUUCAUUUUUUCCCAUGAACCAGUUUUUAUAUUUCUACCAGAAAAGUAAAGAUCUUUUUUAAAAGUGUUGUUUCUCUAGUUCGUAACUCCCAGGGUUGUUU